AUGUCGCAACUGCUGAGGGCGGUACAGUAUCUUCAUACCAAUCACAUCAUACACAGAGAUCUCAAGACUCACAACAUCCUACUGACCCAAGACGGUGUUCUUAAAAUAGCAGACUUUGGUAUGACUCGAGAGUAUGGAUUCCCUCUUCAACAAUAUACACCCGGCGUGUGCACGCGCUGGUACCGUGCGCCUGAACUGCUGUUGCUCAGCCCACAAUACUCCACUCCCAUUGACAUGUGGAGUAUCGGGUGUAUAUUGUACGAAUUGGUUUACUUGUGUCCACUGUUUCCUGGCACGUCUGACUUAGAUCAGUUGAACAAAAUAUUUAUAGAUUUAGGAACGCCUUCAGACGCAACUUGGCCCGGGUUCAGCUCAUUACCAUCGAUACAAAAUAUCAUUUUGAACGACUAUCCACCGGGUGGGUUGCGCAAAAAGAUAAACUGCAAAGAUCUUUCCGAAAGCGGUUUAUCUUUAUUGGAAGGGUUAUUGACGUAUAAUCCGGCAAGGAGAGUGACAGCAGCCGCUGCUUUAGAGCACGCAUUCUUCAAGGAGCAGCCGGUGGCCAUCGAGCCGGCCAUGUUCCCGAUGGCGAUGCAGUCGGAGGACAGUGACCAGUACUCCGCCACUGAACCGGAAGAGGAUUGCGGCUCUCACCCUUAG